GUUCGCUGCUUUUGGUCGGCCAACCAAAUAUCGUCACUGGUGGGAAAAAUGACAGCGUGACGUCUCAGUCUCAGUUUCAACAGCAACAGCAGCCUCCCUGGAUGUCCAAGAGUCCCCAUGGAUGACCUGACCCAAGCCCUCUCGGCCAGCUUUGCUGUGUCCAAGGAGCCCAACAGUACAGCCGCCCCCCACCCUCGGCUGGCCCAGUACAAGAGCAAGUACAGUGUGCUGGAGCAGAGUGAGCGACGGCGGCGCUUCCUUGACCUGCAAAAAAGUAAGAGACUAAACUACGUCAACCAUGCACGACGUCUGGCUGAUGGGGACUGGACCGGGGCAGACAGCGAUGGGGAGGAGGACAUGGAGAAACAGGAGGAGGGGGAACGGGAACAAGAUGGCAACGCAGAGGAAGAGGGGAUGGAGAUUGAGCGGAGGAAGCUGCCAAAACAUUAUGCAAACCAGCUCAUGCUGUCAGAGUGGCUGGUGGAUGUGCCAUCAGAACUGGACACUGAUUGGCUGAUGGUGGUCUGUCCUGUGGGGAAAAGAUCUCUUAUCGUUGCCUCCAAGGGUUCCACUGCAGCGUACACUAAAAGUGGCUACUGUGUGAACCGCUUCCCCUCCCUGCUGCCCGGUGGGAACCGACACAACUCUGCCAUGGGAAAAGACUACACAAUCCUGGACUGCAUUUACAGUGAAGUGGAUAGAACAUACUACAUCCUGGACGUCAUGUGCUGGAGAGGCCACCCGGUCUACGACUGCCCGACCGAGUUCCGUUUCUACUGGCUUCAGUCCAAAGUCCAGGAGACAGACGGCCUAUCAGAGAUUGCCAAACGCAACCCUUUCCGGUUUGUGAGCCUCCAAAGCACAGACUGCACAGCAGAGUCAAUUCAGAAAGCCCUGACAUCUGAGUACAGCUUCAGCGUGGAUGGUCUCCUCUUCUACCACCGGCAGACCCACUACACUCCUGGCAGCACCCCUCUAGUGGGCUGGCUUCGCCCCUACAUGGUCACUGACAUCCUGGGCAUAGAGGUUCCCGUAGGACCCCUCACCACUAAGCCUGAGUAUGCCAGCCACCAGCUGCAACAGAUCCUGGAACACAAAAAAGCAUCGAGUGAAGUCCGUCCGGCCAACAGAAGUGGAGGCUACGAGUUAGAGUACCUGUCCACGCCGAGCCAGGACAGCGCGGACUCUCUGAACUUUUUGAAUCAAAAGCCAAUAAGGGAAGCAAACAUGGAAAUCUGAGUGGGAGGCUUAACAAGAUGCAAAUUGCUAACUCAGUAUUUCUGAGUGGUGUCAGCCCACAUAUGGCUCUUUAGAAUGUCUGCUGAAUGGUUCUACAGAUCUGACCAAUUGCAAAGCAUGGCUAAUUCUAAUCCGGCACUGCUCAGGACGCCCUCAGAGUGCAGAUUAGUAGAGCAAUGCUGUAUAUGUGUUUUUAUUUUGGAUAAAAACAGUUACAUCUUCUACAUGAUGCAGAACUUGGAAACAGUUAAUAUCUUUGUGAAUACUUACACAGUAUUUAGCCACUAUAAUUACCAUCUCACAGUCUGUUACACAGAUCCCUUUCAUAAUGUUAUCGCAUGCAAUCCAAAAAAAAAAAAAAGACCAAGAGGUGCUUUAUGUGAGAUACACUGCAAAGUGCAACACAGUCAAAUUUGUGGUCAAGUGUUGUUUUGCUGCUUUGCACUUUGUGCACUUAAAACAGAUCUCACAUAAGAAACAUCCUUAUGGUUGUUAGUUGUUUGUAGGUUUUCUACAACUGUCAUCGAUGCAUAUUCACUGAAAGAAGCUGAAUUUUUGAGAAGAUCGUUAAGGAAAGUGUAUGAUUCAUUCAGUGUUUUGGAAAGUGAGAUGUUGCUGACUGGUCAGACCCUGAGAGUUGUAAUCAUGUUGAACCGCAUAGGCUUUUACAAUUUAAUAAGAAGUUUAAAAUUGCUGAGAAUAUGUUUUUAAGUAUGUUUCUAAAUAAAUGUUUUUUUUAUCGGACUACA